AUGGCGCCGCAGCAGAACACCUUCGCUGUCAUUCCAGACGCCCCCGGGCGCGUCGGUGGCCCCGCGAACAGGCCGCCGAUGACAUCGAAGCAGGCUCAGAAGCUAUACAAGCAGGCGAACAAGGAACCGAAACGAUCUAAGGCCGAACAACGGAAAUGGGAGAAGGAGAAACAAGAGGAGAUUCGCAAGGAGCUAGAAAAGGAGCGCGCGGCAGUCAAGGCCAAGGCAGCGAGAGAACGAAAAAAGGCCAAGGAAGAGGAGGCCCGAGAGAACAGGCGAAGGGCUGGGCAGCCUCUAUUUGACUGUCGACCAAGUCAAGACACGAUCGCGCGUUUCGUACGAGGAAAUGGUACGCACAAGAAGAGAGAUUCGUCUGGAGAACCGAUACCAAAACCCGAGACUGCCUCUGCCGCCUUGGCCGAUAUCGAGCCGGAUACCUUAGCGUCAACCGCGGCUUCCAAGCCUCCUCUUCAAAUUGAGUCAUCAGAAGAGACCAAACCCUCAAUUGCCUCCAUGGCACCACCUCCUCGUCCCACACAGAUAACAAAGUCGGCCAUGUCACCUGCUCAAGGCGCAACUACGAGUGAAAGACAACCUUCGGCUGAAGGAGUCGCGCCGAAACCAACAGACAAAGAUGCUCUCACACGACAGCUCCUGAAGCCGCUAUUCACGGCGCCAGAAAAGGCACCAGCAUUAAUGGCUUCCAUGGGACCUCCUCCACGACCUGCUGUGAAGGCCAAAUCAAGGCCUUUCAUGAUGCCGAAAGCGGCAUUACCAACCCAUCAGCCACCUCGGCACAAGAUAUUCAAGCAAAAGCCGUCUCCCCAGCCUUCUGUCCAGCUCAAAACAGAGGUCUCACUGCCAAAAGAGUUGUCAUACCCGAAGUCUGCACUGCCAAAGUCAUCAACGGCGAUACCUUCCCCUCCAGUACCAUCACAGAAGCCCAGAAUAGAGGCUGUAGGAGACAAAGCGCCGACGGACAUAUCCAUACCGACGAUUGCACCGUCACCAGGAGUCCAAUCGAAACAAAUGCUACCGCCACCAAGGCCGUCAAUAUCGCAGAUGCCUCCACCAAGCACACAAGCAAUCGUGCAAGAUUGUUUUGAUGACUUCUUCCCAACAGCCUCACAACUCGCUGUAGAGCUUGAAGAGGAUUUCGAUGGAAAACAUACGAUGCCUCGAGCGGUUUUUGGCCCAAAAUCGAACACACAUGGUGCGAUUGCAGCAGCACACAGUACGCCUCUAGACCUGAUGAUGUCCUCUCAGGAGGUGCUGGAUAUAGAGUCCCCAGCCAAAGCAAUGACACAGUUAUCGUCAGGGGGACCGGUAACAAACCCUGCCUCGCCACUCUUCGAGAUGGAUCUGGGGUCGAUAGAUUGGGAUGAUGACUUGGAUGAUUUUUGA